AGAGAAACUUUUUCAAAAGUUCCUGGAGGUAUUUCGAGACGCACGGCAGCCGAGUCCGAGCUGCAGAAGGAAAUACUGAACUGGACUAUAUCGAAACGCCUAAUUUCUAUGAAAUUCACCGAAAAGAACUGAAUGACGCUACUUCAUCCUAAUGUGAUUGCCUGGAGCUUCAAUCACCGUUUAAUUUCUUAAAGGAUGUAUUUUUGCUAACAUUUUCAAAAAAAGGAGUAGGAUCGAGUUUCCAUAAAAAUAUGGGGAAUUACAGUCUUUGGAUAUUUUUGUCAAUUUUAUAUCUGGUGCACAACAGCGAAGGAUUGCUCUGCGUGGAUACACACAGGCCGUGCGAAAAUGGAGGAAUGUGCAUUGAUUCAAGAUGCUUAUGUCGGCCUGGUUAUAUUGGUUCACUCUGUCAGCAUCUGGAUCCCUGUCACCGUUCGCCUUGUCUAAAUGGAGCAGCUUGCAAAAGCCAAGUGGCUAAUACAAUCCCACAGUAUACCUGUGUAUGUCAGCGAGGCUUUAGAGGUCAGGAUUGUUCCCUGAUUGAUGCUUGUGCCACAAGUCCUUGUGCCAAUGGUGCUCGUUGUACCAAUUGGAAUAAUCACUACAACUGCUCAUGCCCACCUGGGUAUCAGGGAAAGAACUGUCGCAAUGAUAUUGAUGAGUGCCGCAAACCUGGAAAGUGUCUUAAUGGUGGCAUCUGCAUGAACACACAUGGCUCAUUUCGCUGUGAGUGCCUUACAGGAUACAGCGGGCGCACAUGCGAGGUGCCCACCCAGCCCUGUGCCCCAUCACAAUGUCUCAACGGGGGCACCUGCCAUCAGACCGGUGACCACACCUACGAAUGUGCUUGUUUGCCAGGCUUUAGGGGACACAAUUGUGAGGAAAAUGUUGAUGACUGCCCUGGACACAAGUGCAUGAAUAAUGGGAUCUGCGUAGAUGGUGUCAACACGUAUAAUUGCCAGUGUCCUCCUGAGUGGACAGGCCAGUACUGUGCUGAGGAUGUCAACGAGUGUCUCAUGCAGCCAAAUGCUUGUCACAAUGGUGGUACAUGCUUCAACACUAUUGGAGGGCACACCUGUGUAUGCGUUAAUGGCUGGACUGGGGAUGACUGCAGUGAAAACAUUGAUGACUGUGCCACAGCUGUCUGCUUCAAUGGGGCCACAUGUCAUGACCGUGUGGCCUCUUUUUUCUGCGAGUGCCCUGUGGGCAAAACUGGUUUACUCUGUCAUCUGGAUGAUGCUUGUGUCAGUAACCCCUGUAAUGAGGGUGCGGUAUGUGACACUAACCCACUGAAUGGCCGGGCAAUCUGCACCUGCCCUGCUGGCUUUGUUGGUGGUGCCUGCAACCAAGACAUGGAUGAAUGUUCCAUUGGUGCCAACCCCUGUGAGCAUUUUGGAAAGUGUGUAAACACUGAAGGCUCAUUCCAGUGCCAGUGUGGACGGGGCUACACUGGCCCUCGCUGUGAGAUUGAUAUCAACGAGUGUCUGUCCAUGCCCUGCCAGAACGAUGCCACCUGCCUGGACCGCAUUGGCGAGUUCACAUGCAUCUGUAUGCCUGGCUAUCAGGGGAAGUACUGUGAGGUGGACAUUGAUGAAUGCGAGAGCAACCCUUGUGUAAAUGAUGGCAUCUGUCGAGAUAUGGUCAACGGCUUCACCUGCACCUGUCAGCCAGGAUUUACUGGCACCAUGUGUCAAAUCGACAUUGAUGAGUGCGCCAGCACUCCUUGCCAGAAUGGAGCCAAGUGCAUUGACCGACCUAAUGGAUACGAAUGCCGCUGCGCUGAAGGUUUUGAAGGAAGACUGUGUGAGAGCAACAUUGAUAAUUGCAAGCCUGACCCAUGCCACCAUGGUACUUGCGUAGAUGGCAUUGCCAGUUAUACUUGUAACUGUGAGCCAGGCUACACUGGCUAUCGCUGCGAAAAUCAGCUCAAUGAGUGCCAUAGCAACCCCUGCCAGAAUGGUGGCAAAUGUGUUGACCUCGUCAACAAAUACAUCUGCCAGUGCCAACAUGGCACUUCAGGUACCAACUGUGAAAUCAACUUUGACGACUGUGCCAGCAACCCUUGUGACUACGGAAUUUGCAAAGAUGGUAUAAAUCGCUAUGAAUGUGUCUGCAAACCUGGCUUUACAGGACCUCAAUGUAAGGAUGAGAUAGAUGAGUGCCAGUCGAAUCCCUGUCGCAAUGGAGGGACCUGUGUAGACGAUGAGAAUGGCUUCCACUGUCAGUGCCCUGAAGGGUUCCAUGAUCCCUACUGCUAUUCACAAGUGGAUGAGUGUGCCAGCAAUCCAUGUUUACAUGGGACCUGCAGGGAUGACCCUAAUGGCUAUCGGUGUGACUGUGAGCCUGGAUGGGUGGGUAAGAACUGUGACCUAGACCGAAACGACUGUUUGCCCAGCCCCUGCCAGAAUGCAGGUACCUGCUUUGACCAGCUCAAUGGGUUCACCUGCAAGUGUCGGCAAGGUUUUAGAGGUAACUUAUGUCAGGUGAACAUCAACGAGUGUGCCUCCAGCCCAUGUCUAAAUCAGGGCACCUGUAUGGAUGGAGUUGCCAGUUUCACCUGUCUUUGUGAACCACCUUAUAGUGGACCCACCUGUGCAGAACUGCUCACACCUUGCUCUCCCAACCCCUGUGCCAACCAUGCUUCCUGCGUGCACACACCUGACUACCUAGGCUACCAGUGUAACUGCCAACCUGGCUGGCAGGGCCAUUUGUGUAACAAUGACAUCAAUGAAUGCACCUCUAACCCGUGUAAGAACCGUGGAACUUGCACAAAUACCCUGGGAGGCUAUGUGUGCUCAUGCCGUGCUGGCUACACUGGACCCAAUUGUGAAACUGAUAUCAAUGACUGCUCACCAAACCCCUGUCUGAAUGGUGGAUCCUGUACUGAUGGAGUGAACUCAUUCCGCUGCAGUUGUCUGCCAGGCUUCACGGGGGCACGCUGUGCUACUGAGUUAAAUGAAUGUCAGAGUGUACCCUGCAAGAAUGGUGGGACCUGCACUGAUUAUGUCAACAGCUAUACUUGUACCUGUAAACCAGGCUUCACAGGCCUUCUCUGUGAGACCAACGUACCAGACUGCACUGAGAGCUCCUGUUUUAAUGGGGGAACCUGCACUGAUGGGAUCAGUGGUUUCAAAUGCACCUGCCGCACAGGAUUCACUGGAGAUUACUGCCAGUAUGAAGUUAACGAGUGUGACUCUCAGCCAUGCCUCAAUGGAGGAAUUUGUCAAGAUGCCAUGGAGUCAUAUCGUUGCUCAUGUCCAAAAGGCUACACUGGCCCACGUUGCCAGUAUCCAGUAGAUUGGUGCAGACCCUCUAACCCAUGCAAGAAUGGUGGUCGCUGCAGACAAAAGGAUGCCUCCUUCACAUGUGACUGUUUGGGUGGCUGGACAGGUCGUUAUUGUGAUAUCCCAGGAGUGUCCUGUGAAGUUGCAGCCAGACAGAGAGGCCGCCAGACAGAUGAGCUUUGCCUCCACGGUGGACACUGUGUCAAUACUGGCAACACGCACUAUUGCAAAUGUCCCGCAGACUACACAGGCAGUUACUGCGAGUCUCAGUUUGACCACUGUGAGGACAAACCUUGUCUCAAUGGCGCCACCUGCAGGAGCUACAUGGGAGGAUUCACUUGUGAUUGCAUGCCUGGUUAUGAGGGGAACAACUGUGAGAGAGAGGUCAAUGAGUGCCAGUCUCACCCAUGUCAGAAUGGAGGAACCUGCAUUGACUUGGUGGGACAUUACAUCUGCUCCUGCCCUCCAGGAACACUGGGGGUACUCUGUGAGAUAAAUGAGGAUGAUUGUGCAACUCCAUCAUGGCCUCGGGGAAUGCCCAAAUGUCAAAAUAAUGGCACAUGUGUGGACAGAGUUGGAGGGUACAGGUGUAACUGUCCUCCAGGCUUCACUGGAGAUCGCUGCGAGGGAGACAUCAACGAAUGUCUUUCCAACCCCUGCAACCCCUCAAACAGCUUGGACUGCAUUCAGUUGCCCAAUGAUUACCAAUGUGUGUGCAAACCUGGCUUUACAGGACGAGGGUGUCAAAAUAGAUUCAGCGUGUGCGAGUCUCAGCCCUGUAAAAAUGGAGGAGUAUGCUCCUUAUCUGGCAGCUCCCCACCAGGAUACUCUUGCACUUGUCAACUUGGGUACGCAGGUUCUAACUGUGAGAGGAGCAUGAACUGCAAAGAGCUGCCUUGCUACAAUGGAGGCAGUUGCACUCUCACCUCACGAGGGGCACGUUGUACUUGCAUUCAGGGCUUUGGUGGGCCAUUGUGUCAGCACCGCAGCAAUGAUGGCUGCUCCUCCAAGCCAUGCCACAAUGGAGGCUUAUGUACAGAGGAAACCAGCUUUCCAUUUUUUCACUGCCAGUGCACCAAUGGCUGGAAAGGCAAACGAUGCGAACAGAAAACUGGGCCAUCUGCUCCAAUUCCUUCUCCUUGCCCUAUUGCUGACUGCUUCAGCAAGGCCAAUGAUGGUGUGUGUGACAAAGAAUGUAACUCCUUGAACUGCCGCUGGGAUGGAGGUGACUGCUCUCUUGCUGCAAACCCCUGGGCACGCUGUGCAGACCCUCGAUGCUGGCGGCUCUUCAACAACAGCCAAUGUGAUGAGUUUUGCAAUAAUGCAGAGUGCCUGUUUGAUAAUUUUGACUGCAAGAACAAAGAGAAAGUCUGCAACCCCAUCUAUGAAACAUACUGUACUGACCAUUAUGCAGAUGGACUCUGUGAUCAAGGAUGCAAUACUGAAGAAUGUGGCUGGGAUGGACUGGAUUGUGCAAGCAAGAUUCCAGAAGACCUUGCUGAAGAUGUGCUUGUUGUUGUAGUCCUACUGCCCCCAGAGGAGCUUCUAAGGACACAAAGAGCUUUUCUGCAGAAACUAAGUGCAAUCCUCCGUACCACGUUGCGCUUCCGCCUCGAUCAAAAUGGAGAAUACAUGAUCCGACCUUACACAGGCCGGGAGACACGCAUUAAACGGGAGCUUAAUCCUCAGCAGGAGGUCAUUGGGUCCAUAGUAUAUUUGGAGAUAGACAACAGGCUGUGCUCCCAGAGCUCAGAUGACUGCUUCUGCAAUGCUGACAGUGCUGCUGAAUACCUUGGUGCUCUGUCUGCUCGGGAGAUGUUGCGCUUCCCAUACCCCAUUAAAGAAGUGCGCAGUGAAACAAUGAAACCCCCUAUUGAGAUACCUGAAUGGGGUAAGCUACUGCUAGUUGGUGUAGCAUCUCUCUUCUUGUUGGUAAUCUUGAUGGUUGGCAUGUUGAUUGCCCGCCGCAAGCGUGAACACAGUACACUCUGGUUCCCUGAGGGCUUCUUCCUCAAGAAGGAAACGAGCAGUAACAAGAACCGCAGAGAACCUGUGGGCCAAGAUUCACUGGGCAUGAAACACAUGCCAAAGACAGUGGAAGAGUCUCUACUGGCUGAUCACAGUGACCAGUGGAUAGAUUCAGACUGCCCAGAGGCUAAGCGACUUAAGGUGGAAGAGCCAAGCAUUCUGUCAGAUGGUGAGGAUGCAGUUGACAGCAGACAGUGGACACAGCAUCACUUGGCAGCGGCAGAUAUCCGUAUGCCACCUUCUAUGGCACUCACACCACCACAAGGAGAGUUUGACAGUGACUGCAUGGAUGUUAAUGUCAGAGGGCCUGAUGGCUUCACACCCCUUAUGCUGGCAUCUUUCUGUGGAGGAGGGCUUGAGCCAGAGGUGACUGAAGAUGAUGACUCAGAAGAAUCCUCAGCCAACAUCAUAUCCGACCUCAUUUACCAGGGAGCAUCACUUGCAGCUCAAACUGACCGCACUGGAGAGACUGCUCUGCACCUGGCUGCCCGCUAUGCCCGAGCAGAUGCAGCUAAAAGACUCCUCGAUGCUGGGGCUGAUGCAAAUGCACAGGAUAACACAGGCCGCACACCUUUGCAUGCAGCUGUGGCAGCUGAUGCACAGGGAGUUUUCCAGAUUUUGAUCAGGAACCGUGCCACAGACUUGGAUGCACGCAUGUAUGAUGGCUCCACUGCUCUAAUACUUGCAGCCCGUUUGGCAGUAGAGGGCAUGGUGGAAGAGUUGAUAACCUGCCAUGCUGAUGUUAAUGCUGUUGAUGAAAUCGGAAAGUCAGCUUUGCACUGGGCAGCAGCAGUCAAUAACGUUGAAGCUACUGUUGCCUUGUUGAAGAAUGGUGCCAAUAAAGAUAUGCAAGACCUCAAGGAGGAGACUCCGCUGUUCUUGGCUGCCAGGGAAGGCAGCUGUGAGGCAGUAAAGGUGUUGUUGGCUCACUUUGCCAAUAGGGAAAUAACAGAUCACAUGGACAGACUCCCUCGAGAUAUUGCCCAGGAGCGCAUGCAUCAUGACAUUGUGCAGCUACUGGAUGAAUAUAACACUGUGAGAAGUCCACAAGGUCAUGCAGGGGCAGGUCACCACCUGUCUGGUAGCCACACACUCUCACCGCUCAUGUGCCCUCCAAGCAACUUCCUCCAAGGGCUGAAAAGUACCCCUCAGGGUAAGAAGAACCGCCGCCCAGGAGCUAAAGGCAUUGGUGGACAACACGCUUCUGGCCUGAAAGAUUCAGCUAAAGGACGCAACAAACGGCUGACUUUAGACAUGCAGAGUGCUUUGCUGGAAAGCUCUGUCACGCUCUCCCCUGUUGACUCACUGGAUUCACCGCGUGGAGGUGCCAGUAAUGCCGGCUAUGUCACCAAUCCAACCUCACCAGCUGCCAUGCCCUCUCCUGGCCUUUUCCACUCCUCUAUGUCUGUCCCUACAACCCCUAUGGUGCACAGCAGUAUCCUGGACAGCACCAGCCCUUUUGCAGUCUCCCUGGCACAGUUGAGUGACCUGGAUGGUGGGCUCUCAAUGCAGGGGCGUGUGGGCAUGCAAGGAGGGGGUGUCAACCCAGGCCCCCAUAACUACGUGAUGAAUGCCGGUCAAAUGAGCCUUAGUAUGGGCAUGGUAAGUCCAGUAAGUGUGCCGUUUGACUGGCACAACCGCAUGCCUCCAUCUUCUCAGUGCAGUCAGCCUAUGAUCAACAUGGUGCAUCCAGUAAGUAGUCAAGCAAGCAUGCUCCCACAAACACCAACCCUGCAGCAAAGCAGCAUGCUAUUGCACCAGCAGGUGUUCCGUAAUGCCCAGCAGCCCAUUCUGCAGCCAACACCUGUCUCCAACACACCCUCUAUUAGUCCAGUCAAACUUCCUCCCAUUGCUGAGCAGCAGCCACAGCAACUUCACAGCCACACCCUCACCAACCCCAACCUCUCCCGCAUGGCCACCUCCACUCCCCCAACUCCGCAGCAGGCACAGCCUCCUCCAGCUUUCUACCAACCACAACAGCCACAGGCUCAGCCACCACAGGCCCCGACAGCCCCUCAGGCCACGCAAGCACAAGCUAUCCCAUCUCAGGCACCCCCAGCACAGGUGAGCGGCAGCACUGCAGGCCCAGAGGAUUACCCCACACCACCUUCCCAGCACAGCUACAGCUCAGCCAUGGAUGCAACGCCUAAGCAUUAUCUGCAUGUGCCCAAUGAACAUCCUUACCUGACCCCUUCUCCAGAGUCUCCAGAGCCCUGGUCCAGCCCUUCCCCUCACUGUGUGUCUGAUUGGUCUGACUCCACACCCAGCCCAGCUGUCACAGCUCCUUCUCAAACCCAGAUUUCACAUGUCCAGGAGUCCAAUGGGAAGAUGCAGGUGUUUGCUUGAGCAACCCAACCUACCUUAAAUGUUUGUGACUUCGAAAGUUUAGAGCUGACAAUCGUCACUCUAGGGCUUUUGUUUUUAACUUGCCUGUCAGCCCAUUUCCAAGAUUUUAAUUGGAUUAGGAUUGACUGUUUUGCAUCAAGAAGACCAUCUGCCGGUAUCCGCAGAAAGAAAAAGGGAAAUUUGUGUUGUCUUAAAAAGAAAAGACAAUUUAAUGAAGUAAGACAUUCUGUCACAGAUGGACUUGUUUUUUAAUUAUUAAAAGAAAGUAUAUGAAGAAUGCCACGUCUUUCAUUUCAAAGACUUGGGGACACUCCUGAAACUAACAAACUUUAAAAAAAAAAAUAGAUUGAGUGAAAAGUGAAAUGUUGAAGGAAAUUCCUUUCGUUUUAUUUAUUGUCUUGUGUUUUUCCAAACUGCCUUGUGGGUGUUUUCACCCUCUGUCUGUUUCUGUUGUUUUUAGUGCCCCCUAUAACAAAUGCCUUACUUCUCCCCAAUAUAUUACAUGGGACUUGUGAGUUCUCCUCAGGUUCCAUGUUACUACUGUUACAAGAGAAGCAGCUCAUGUUCCGCCCCUGGUUUCAUCAGCAGCAACAGAUACAGUCGGAAUAUGUACACCAGCAUUUUGAGUGACACACACAAACCAUGAGAUUAGACUUUUUACAAAUUUUAGUGAUAUUUAUUUAGUCUAGCAGAAACACUUCAUUGGCACAUAAAAUCAGAGCUAUAUAGAGACCAACACAAGUGAAUUAUUCUGAUUUAAAAUAAUUUUAUACGUUUUAUAAAAGUAUUUGUAUGAAUGUAGAGGGGCAUCUGUGAAGCACUUCGAGGGAAAAAGCUUGAGAGAGAGAGAGAUGGUAAGAAAAAAUCCUGAAAUCCAAGUUCAGCAUAUACAACAGCCAUGCAUAAGCGCCUCUCAAAAACAGGCCAGUGUUUAGAAUGUUCUUCAGUGUUGUGUUGUAUCAGUGGAUAUGAUUUUACUGAACAUAGUUUCUUCAGUGACCUCACCGACUUACAAAGGCCAGAGCUGGCCCACGCUCCUACCAGUUCGCUCUCAAAAUCCCUGCCAGUCACUGCCUUAUAGUCUUGCCUUUUGUAAAUUUGUUUUAUUUUCUUUUAUUCUUUUUUAUAAACACAUUUUUGGAACCACAGUUACCUGUGGAACAUUGAUGUAUUAAGCUGUGUUAUUAGGCUGCUGCUCUACGUCACUUCUUCAGUAACAUUCAACUUCCUUUCCGCUAACAUUCCUGAUCGCAACCCAUCCACCGGCCUCGUGGAGCUGCUGUGGAACAGAUCCUAUUGUGUUUCCGAUCCUUCACAAGCACUUCAUUUCAGUACUGAACAGCUGCAGUGGUUACUUGACCACUAGAAGUCUUCCUCUGUGGCUUUUACGAAGCCAAGGCAUUGUGGGUGAUUUAUUUGAAUGAAAUUUAAUCCCUCAGGUCCAGCAUUUUCAUGUGGUCUAAUCAUAUUCUGGCUCCUUUUGGUUUGGAUAGCGAGCAUAUGUGUUGCGUGUUGGGUACGUGGCUAACGGGGUUGCUAAUGGUCUGCUAGUGCUCUGUCACUCCUCAGGGAGGUGUUAUAUAGCAUGCAGUUUUGUCUGCAUCUUUAGCAGUUCCCACCCCACAAGCCAAGACGAUGACAUCUGUCGUGUCUGAUCAGAAGGCGUGAGAUGGGAAACGCUACUAUGUAGUGAUGCCCUGGGCUUUCUGCAACAUGUCCUUAUGUUCAUCUUCAUUAACAUUCCCAACUGUAAAACCUGCAUUUGAUUGCACUGACAAAUGUUUUUCGAUUUGUAUCACUAUCGCCAAGAGGAACAUGCCCAUUUCAUUUAACCAUGCUACACUAACAUUGAUUUCUGCCAUACAAUAUUUUUCUACAGAAAAAAAAAUUGUAUUUGUGCCUGAUAUUUUUUGAGUGUACAGUGCAUGAUUUUUUCAAACCCAUUUGAUGAGUGUACAGCAAUGUUAAAUCUUCAUGUACGAUAUAUCAAUGCUUGGGGUUGUUUUGGAGCACAUUCUGGACCUCUUUGUUAUCCUUCAAGUACUACUAAGCUUAGCUAACCCUGCAUAAGUCUUUCUGUCAUUCAUAACCUUUCACUACUCAUGAUACAGUUCUUAAGAUAUUUUUGAAAAUCGAGUACCUUUCUGUAAAUAUGUUUCACCUGGUUUAGGUCUACUUGUUUAUGAGAAUUCUUAUGUUUCUAAAAUGAUUAUGUACUAAAAAGAGCAAAAAGUAAAUAAAUGUACUUUUUAUUAGCAUUAUUAAGGUGAGAAUGUGACCGUGUGUCGGUCUUUCAUAACUAGAACAGCCAUAGAUAUUUUCUAUCGUCAUUAUUAAUUUCCUGUACUUGUUUAAAAGUAGUUUAAAUCAUUGUAUAUAAACAGCUUUUCACAGUUUCUUUCUACAGACAAAGUUGUAAAAUAUGUUACUUCUAAUAAAGCAGUAGAAACUACAUUUCA